AUGUCCCCCAUAAAGUCACUUAUUUCAAUUAUUAGAGGAAAAUCUAGUCGUACAACUAAUGAGGAAGUAAUUGCAGAUUUCUGGAGUACUAACAAUUUAUCUAUUAUACUAAUAACUAUAGCUAUUUCUAUAAUUAUUCUUAGUAUAUUCGGGUUAUACCAAAAUGAGAUAAAACCACUAAUGAACAAUUAA